GUUGAUGGUGUAUCCUCACAUACAAACAUAGAGCUGUAACAGAAGUGAUAUGAAAUGUUUCAGAUAUAUUAUGACAGUGUCAGGCAUCCCAUAUUUACUUACACAUAAAGUUGGUAUAUUGUUAUUUGCGUUAUGUAGUUACCACACUACAACGUGCUAUGUCUCAAUUAGGGAAGGAUGUGAGAUGUGUAUCAGCAACAUAUGUCCUGCCUCCCUUUACUAAUACACAUCGUUACAUUUCGUUCAGUAAGUUUGCAGGUACUAGCAGACCACCUUUUCACGGGGUAACUCCAGAGAUGCCCUUGACACUGACAGGAAGUAUGCUUGCUGGACUGUUUCUCUUCAUACCAGGUCUUCUGGCUGUGAACGAGGUGAGUUUAAAAAGCACAGGGUUGAGAGUCUGUGCAUUACAGGGAGCAACUGCGAAACUAAGAUGCCUGUAUCCACCAAAUAGCAAACAUGGAUACACAAACCUCUACUGGUUUAAAGUGAACCAGAAGUGGAAAUGGAGGGGCAAGACUAUUCCUGAGGAUCUCGUCACAGACCCAGAAUAUGAAGGUCGUUUGGUGUUUGACAGAUCUUUUAUUGAAAUAAGAAACCUGCGAAAGAGUGACAAGGGUGACUAUCACUUUAGAUUUAAGGCAGAGCCCUACGGAUGGAUGAAUAGCGCACGUAGAAUCAAUUUGAUUGUCACAAACCUGCAGAUGCGCAUGAGUCCUGCUUUAGUGAAAAAGGGAAAGAAUGUGACACUGAUCUGUAGCACCACCUGCACUCUGAGUGAUAACCCCACCUACAUCUGGUACAAGAACGGUAAAAUGGCUAAAUGCACCAAAACCAGCAGAGUUUACCUCACCUCAGUCAGUAGGAAGCAUGCAGGCAGCUACUCCUGUGCUAUAAAGGGCUAUGAGGAUCUCCGUGCUCCUGCAGUGUGUCUCCUGGGAAACUGCUGGAACGUGAGUUACACCCCCAAUACAAUCUGUGGAUUCGCUGGGUCGUAUGUAGACCUACCUUGCACUUACACAUACCCCAGAAGUCUCAAUAUCACAGAGACACUUUGGGUGAAUAAUACAGAUCUCAAAAUGGAGCCUGAAGAUCUGAGUCGGUACCCGGAGUAUGAGGGUCGUGUGGAGUAUCGUGGAAAUGGUAGAGACUGCACCCUGAGAAUCAAAGAUUUGAGGAAGAGUGACUCAGCCAAGUACAGGUUCCUGUUUAAAAAGGCAAAGGGGACGUACUUUAAUUCAUCCGCAGUAUCUCUGUCUGUCACAGACCUACAUGUGCAUGUAUAUCCUGCCGUCGUGGAAGAGGGAGACUUUGUGUGGAUCAGGUGCCAUACCCAUUGCGGUCUUCUGCAAAGCUACGGGGGCUUCAUUUGGUACAAAGACGGACAACGUAUUCUCAACCCAAAUCAAGACGAAGGCUACAUGAUACUUAACAUCGUCAGCAGUGAGGAUGCAGGCAGCUACUCCUGUGCACUGGUUGGCCAGGAGUUACGCUCUCUGGAAGCUACACUCACCGUCACUAAAGGACCAGUGCCGAUCUUAACUAUUGUUCUGGGGCUAGUGGUUUUUCUGACUGUUGGAGCUCUUCUGGUAUUUAUUUACAGCACACUGAAAAGGAGAAACGCGGGAGGAUAUAAUACUAGAACUAACACCCAAACUGUUAAUAAUGAUGACGCUUUUAUAGACAGCUCCUCCAACCAUGAAAACAUAGAACAUAUCUAUGCGGACCCAGAUGAGAAUGAUGACAUGUACACAGCUCUUCGGAGAGGGCAUUUGCACUUCGUGUAUGAGACCAUCCAGAGGAGAGAAUCACCACAGGACCUGGACUAAAGGGCAUCUGCAAGGAGAGCAAUGGCACCAAACAAAGGCCAGGCCUCAUAAGAUGGAUAGGUCAUUGGAUACAUGCUUGAGAAAAGGCUG